GAUCCAAUCGGACCGGAGCCGCCGCAGUCGAUGCUGGACGCUCCAGGUACACCAGCAGAACUCGUCUGUUUGGCCCGGUUGCAGAACCUGAGUGAUCAACCCUGCAGCAGAACCCAGUUAUUGGGCCCGGAAUGGAUUCUGGCCCGCUGUGUUUGCUCCUGCUGCUGAGCGCCGCUCUGGCACUUUGUUUUCCAGAAGAUGUGGAGGAACCAGCUUCAUGUCAGAUGGCUUCCAGAUUUAAGGUCCACAGGAAAUACGUGUACCGGUACAACGCAGAGGGCCGGAACGUAGCGCCGGGUUCUGCUAGCCUGCAAAAUGGGCCUAAAGUCACUUGUGAGGUAGAGAUCGAAGUCCCCCAGACGUGCAGGUUCAUCAUUCACACACGAGACUGCACCGUCAGUGAAGCGUCCACCUCAGACGCUCGAGCUGAGGCGGCCUACAGCCCGGCGCCCAGCUCCGACACCUUCAAAGCCGUCAUGGAGAGGAGUCCGCUGAAGGUCAGUGUCCACUCAAACGGCCGUGUGGAGGUUUACCCCGAGGCGGACGAGUCCAUCAACAUCCUCAACGUCAAGAGAGGCAUCAUUUCUGCUUUCCUGUUUCCCGUCGUGGAGGAUGGAUGGACUGGUCUGGUGAGUACGGUCCACGGUCGCUGUCUCACCACAGUCACGGUUCAUUCCAGGCAGGAUGUUACCACAGACGCCAGUGCUUCCAGAGAUCUGUCCCAGUGUGACCAGUUCUAUGGCAGGACUCUCACCAGCAGCCCAGUGGCUCUGCUGCAGCAGAUGCACAACCCUGUCUCAAAACUCAUCAGCAGCACCCAGAGCUGCAGAUACCAGUUUGAUAACAGAGGAACACACAUCACCAUAGCCAAAUGCACUGAAAAGCACAGAUACCUGCCGUUCUCCAGCGGAGAGAACGGGAUCUCAUCGACGGUGACCCAGGAUCUGAGCCUUCAAAAUGUAAAAAGGACCAGUAGCAGAAGAUUUGAUGCAGACCCCCUGCAGGCAAAGCCUCUCCACCUUGAUAAACCAGAAGACAAAACUCCAGUCCAGAUGAAGGAUGCCGUUCUGGGCACCCUGCAGGAGCUGGUGGCGCUAGCGAGCACAGAUCAGGGUCAGAAACGGACCAGCCUUUUCCACAAGCUGGUGUCCAGCCUGAGAGUCCUGAGGAACGAGACCCUCAGCCAGACAGUUGCUGAGAUGGUCCAAGUGUCCAACUGGCUGACCUUCCAGGCCCUGUUCCAGUGUGGAACCUCAGAGUGCACCAGCGCCAUCAUGCAGGUCAUCUGGACCACUGACAGGGUCUCCCUGGAGGUGGAUGCUCUGGUGUAUGCGCUAGCUCUGCAGCCCAAUCCAGAUGCAGCACGUGUGAGAGACAUGCUCAGCAUGGCUCAGUACAAACAGAGCAAGGCCAUCAUGUUCGCUCUGGCAAACACAGUAAGAAAUUUCUAUCAGGGAGAGGUUACUCCAGAGAUCACUGAGGUGUCAAAGUUCAUGGAGACGAUCCUAAACGACUGCUCAGAGGAAAUACGGGACCCUGACCGGGACCCCGCUCCAGAUCCCACAGAGGAGGCCUUCCUGGUCCUCAGGGUUGUUGGUGUUAUGGGUCGGGCCAUGCAGGACGCCAGCCCAUCACUCAUCUUCUCGAUUCUGCGAUGCAUGAGGAAACCAGAUGUUCCCUUAUCCAAUCAGAAGGCAGCUAUCCAGGCCUUCAGGCUGAUGGACAUUACUGCUGAGAUUCGGCGCUCCCUGCUGGAGACGUACCAGGACCCCCAGAGUCCUGCUGACAGACGCCUGGCAGCGUACCUGGUGCUGAUGAAGGACCCAGACUCCGGCCUCAUCAGGGAGAUCUGCAGUGGCCUGCUGGACGAGAAGGAUGGGCAGCUAAAGAGUUUUGUGCUCUCUCACCUAAAAAACAUCCAGAACUCUGGUGAUAAGAAACCUGAACUCAGAGAGCUUAUUGGGGCAGCUCUGCAGGACAAACCGUCAUCCACCAACACCAUGUUUAAUGGUUUGUCCAAGAACUACAUGCUCAGCUCCCCGCUGGGUUCGGUCCAGAGCAACGUCAUCUUCGACAGCGGGGACACGCUGCCCAAGGAAAUAAAGCUGGAGGCAUCUCUGAAGGCCUACGAUCGAAGCGUUGAUAUGUUUGAGGUUGGGCUUGAAGGAGCAGGAUUUGAGCCGACAGUCGAGGCUCUUUUUGGGGAGAAGGGUUUCCUACUCGAGUCUUUCUCCAGGCUGAUGAAGUUUGUAGGGGACAGAGCUCCGAUGCUCCGAGGAGUUUUGGACAGGAUUGCCCCUGGUCCAGGCAGAAAGAGGAGACAGGUUCCCGAAGUUCAUCUGAAGGCAAUCAAAGACCGCUUCCGGCAGCUCCUUCAUGACUUCCAGGUCUCUGCAGCUCCUGAAGCCACUGCCUUCCUCCGGCUGCUGGGCGAUGAAAUCGGCUAUAUGAAGAUGAGUGAAAUGAGAAAAAUGUUCAAGACUCUGUUCAUGUACUACCAUGUCUUCAUCAGAGAACUACCUGCACAGGCCUUCUCCAAGCUGACCUCCAGCACCGAAAACGAGAUGUUUCUCCACUACGUCUUCAUGGAGACUUCCUUCUCUCUCCCCACUGCCUCUGGUUUUCCUCUCAAGUUCUCCUUGUCUGGAGUGUUUGCCGCCGGCGCCAGAGGAGGCCUGACCCCCUCCACAGUGACUGGCAUGUCCUUCAUGCCUUCAGGAGGUCUGGAGUUUAUCACCCAUAUGGGUGUUCACCUUCCAGACUACGUGGAAGCAGGAACUGAGAUGCUGACUAACCUCUACCAUGAGAGCUCAUUUCAGGCCAAAGUGACUGUGAAGAAGAACCAGGUUGAACUGUCCAUCCCAGCUCCAAAGUCCAACCGUCCACUGCUCAGCGUCAGCAACAAGCUGCUAUCCAUCUCAUCCGGACAAACUAAGCCGGUGCCAUCUCUGGUGGAGGACCGGGUCGACCUCACUGACUGCCAGCCUCUGCUUAAAGGACUCAACCUCUGCACAGUGGUCAGCUACACCAACACUUCCUCUGUGGAAGAGGCACCUUCCUUCCCUCUGACUGGAGAUGCUAUGUUUGCAGUUGAGCUCCAGCCCACAAGGAAGGUUUCCGAAUACACGGCCUCCAUCAGCGACGAGACCCUGAGGGAGGGCAGAAAGGGCCAACACAAAGUGAAAUCCCUAAAGCUCACCCUGAGGGCAGAAGGUGAAGAACCAACGGAGGCUACUGCAUCUGUCAAUUACAACCAGAAUGAAAACACCUUUUCCGCUGAGCUGCUCAUUCCUGCCUGUGACGUGGAGGCGACUGUCAGCCUGGCUGUAACCCGGAUGGAUGGAGACGGGCGGAAGACGAGACACUUCAGCAUUGACGUGACCAACAGGAACGUCACACUGUUCUCUCUAGCAGGACGUGCCAGACAUGAAAUGAUGAAGGAGGUCAUGAUGCAGCUCCAGAUGGACAUCCCGUCUCUGGAAACAGAUGCAUCCAUCACUGCAACCCUGAAAAAUGAGGAAAAUGUGCUGAUGGACUUGGAAUCAGUCCUUCACCUCUCUGCAGCUUCAUUCCAACAGAAAGCUUCUCUAAAAUAUGAUGAAGAUAAAGUCCAGCUGGAACUGAGAACAGACCUGACUGCAGAGAUAAAAAAGAUGAUUCCACAUGCAGAAGAUCGUCACAUGCAGCUCCAGAAGCUCAUCGAUGAUAUGUUGGAGCAGAAAGUGGCAAAGACUGACAUGAAGCUGCGUCACAUAGUCACCAAAGGGAUCGAGGCAGGCAACAACUGGCUGGACAAACUGAUGACUCAGUUCCCUUCUCUUGCAAAUCUUCGGAGUAAGAGGAGCAUCUCAGACCUCAUGUUGCCGCCCCUGCCUGAGAAACUGUUUCUGCAGUUGGACAGUUUGUUUCGAUACCAGUUCAACAAAGAAAAGGCAAUCAUCAGUCUCCCUCUUCCACUUGGAGGCAACACAUCAGAGGAGCUGAAUCUUCCAAAGACUUUGUCCUUUCCAGUCAUAGAGUUACCACAGAUUGGGUUAUAUAUCCCAGCUAAAAAUUUUGUACUCCCAUCAUUCAGAGUACCAACCUCUUUGGAUCUCUCCAUUCCUCUUCUUGGACUGGCUGAAGCAUCGGCCAAGAUCCACAGCAACUUGUACAGCUGGGAAGGGUCGAUCUCUGGAGGCAACAGCACUGUAGAUAUUCCUAGCUACAUAGCACGGUACAAGGCCAUGGCUCAGUCCCCAAUACGGUUACUUUCAUAUGAACUUGAAGGGGUUGGGAUGAUAUCAGGAAGAGCUGAAGACAAUCUCAAGUAUCUUCUCAACUGUUCUUUCAGCCACAUCUUCAUUGACAGCAGCUUCAGCAUUACUGAAACCUUAAGAGUGACGGAGAAACUGAACGCUCAAGCCAAUUACAAGUUAGAGGCCUUCAGUCCGUUGGGCCUUCAAACCUCUCUCCACUACUCUGCUCAGUCCACUUCUACUCUGAAUUCGGAUGAAGUUUCAGGAGAUGGUGAUCUUACUGGACUACUCAAAAUAGCUUCUUUUCACACCAACACCUCUUAUAGCCACAGCUACAAUCUGCGUCCUCUGGCUCGAGAAGGAAGAGGAGAGUCCAUCUUACGCUUUGACUCCCCCUUCAUCCAGUUUCAAAAUGUGAUCCGAGGACUUUAUGCAAACUCGGAGUUGAAUAUUGUAUCUAAAACCAGUACCCAGAGAGAUGUCUUUAAGCAUGUCGCAGAGCUCAAGUACAAAGAUGCACAACUGUCCCUGAAGUGCAGUGCUGUUGGGUUGGCAUUGGGGAAAUCCCUAAAUAACAUUGUUGAGCUUGGUGUAUCAAGCCGGAUGCUAAUCAUCAGAAUUGAGUCUCAGGCAGACGAUGACAACAGUCGGGUAUACUCACUCAUAACUGGGUCCCUGGGUUCAAACGGGCUCGAGGUUAACUCUGAAGGCUCCCUCACCUUUGAAGUGGGUCGGGCUUUGCAUAAAGCAUCUGUAAGAGCUGGAAGAGAUGGUCUAAGCUUCAGUGGAAUCAACAACAUUCAGUGCAGCCCUGUCACAGUGGAGAACAUCUUUGAUGGUGCAAUUGAUGUCAAUGGAGCAUCCUAUUCCUCAUCUACCAAGGUGAUGGCUGAGGAAGGCAGAGGAGAACUUGGAUUUGGAGGUAAAAUCACUCCUUCAGAGGCUUCUUUGUAUGGUGACCUUAAAGGUCAUGCUUACGAUGCAGCCACAGCAAACAGCAUAAAUGUUGUGCUGAACAGAAGGGCCCUGACUUUCUCUGGUAACAUGAAGGGAACCCUGAGGCAGAUGUUGACAGAAAACAGCCAUAAAUUGACCCUCACUCUCUGGACUUUAUCCCUCCGGUCCAAGAUGGAGAACUUCAUCUGUGAAGAUCUUUACUACAGGCAAAACUUCAAGGUUGAUGCGAAACCAUUCAUUCUGGGAGUUGACAUCAACAACAAACUCAGAUUUUAUGACCUCAAUUUGGACAAGGAAGACCACAUGAAGCUUGAGCCCCUUAAGGCAGAUCUCAGGGGAACACUGACUGGAGCUUUCAGAGAAGAAGAAAAUAUCAAACAUACCUAUGAACUCACCUACAAAGAUUGGUCAGGUUCAAUGAAGUACAGUACAUCUGGAAACAUAAUGGAUGCACAUUUAAAUCAUAGCUGUGAACUUGAAUUUGCUGGACUUUCCUCCAACUCAAAGUGUGAGGCGAAGUUAAGUUCUGAACCUUUACGUUUCAGUGGAUACCUUCACAUUCAGGCAUUGCCUUUUAGUCUGGCUAUUGAUUCAUCUAUGGACAGUGCUGGAGAACUAAAUCUCCAUGGGAAGCACAGCGGACAGCUUUUCAGCACGUUGUUGGUUAAAACCACCCCACUAGCUCUUGGAUGGUCACAUGACUGCCGGGUAUCGACCACUCACAGACUUCCUGCUAGAGAGUCUUUAACUAGCUUCAGCAACAAGUUUGAAGGUCUCUUAACUCCAAAAGACCAAUCUUUGGACUGGAAAGUGAACUCCAAAGUGAACAACCAUGCCUAUGAGCAGAGCAUCAAUGCUUACAAUAAUCCUGAGAAGGUUGGACUUGAGUUAUCAGGAGUGGCCCUAACAGACCUUCUCAGCAGAUACGAGGGGUCUAAACCAGAACCACAAACGUUCACUAUGGCUGGCUUCCUAAAGUACGACAAAAACAGUGACUGUCAUAUCAUUGAGAUCCCGUUCAUUGAGAGCUUUCCUGAGCACUUUAAGAUGACGGUCAUCCGAGCUUUAGAAUCCCUCCGACAGUUAAUAGAAAAUGCAAACAUCAAUCAGAUCAUCACUGACUUCAGAGCCAACUUAGAUCAGCUGCCAAUACGAGUGAAGAGAUUCAUGAGAAAUCUUGACUUGGAGAACAAAGUUGGUAAAAUAAAAGAAAGACUUGAUUACUUGAUCAAUGAGUUCACUGUAACAAUGGAUGACUUGGAGCUUGGUGUGACCAAUAUGAGACAGAUCUUAGAAAAAAAUAUUGUAGACAUAGUUACAAAGGUACAUGACUUCAUCUCUUCAUCUGAGGACUACAUCAAUGCUGGGCAUCUGACCGAUAAAAUAACGACCAUAUUUUCAUAUAUUGGAGAUCAGCUUCAUGCCUUUGAUGCAAAAUACCAAAUUAAGCCGUGGCUUGUGAGAACACUUGAUUUCAUGGAGGAUGUCAUCAGACAAAUGGACUUACAGAAGCUCAGGGAAAGCAGUGCAGCAUUUCUGCAUGAUCUUGAUAUAAAAUAUGACAUCCUGGAGACAAUCAGGGAAAAACUGUCUGAGCUGAAAAAUAACCUGGAGGAUUUCAACCUUUCCCAGUUUGUGGAAGUUGUGAAGAACUUCUUGUUGUCAUUUGACUGGGAUUCGUAUGUGCAGCAGCUUUCCUAUCAAAUCCCAGUGUUAGAGAUAGCAAGAGUGAUGGAAUCGAUGAAUGAGGUAAUCAUCAACUGGUUCGAUGAAUAUGAAAUCCCCAACAAGCUAAAUACAGUGUACUCAUACUGCAAAGAUACUCUUUUAAAAUAUGAAAUUGAUAAUAUUUUCAAGGACCUAAUGGAUCAAGCAGUGGUUCUUAUCAGAGAAUGGAAGAUUGAAGAAACUGUGCAGUCAAUCGUUACAGCUCUAAAAUCCAUCAAACUUGAAAUUAUUUACAAUAAAAUGAUGGACUGUCUAAACAGUGUGAUAGACAAGAUGAGAGAAAUUGACUUUAAAAACAGCAUUGAUGACUUUAAUGAAUGCAUUUCCUCAAUAGUUGAAUCAAUGAAGGAUUUUGACUACAGCUCAUUUGUUGAUGAGUCAAAUAUUAAGAUUGUUGAACUGACGGAUUACCUGAACAAUGAAAUCAAUAAGUAUGAGAUUGUGAAGAAGAUUGAGGCUGUUAGGCAGUUUUUCAGAGAAAUUCAAAAUUCUAUCUAUACCUAUCUGGAUGAACUGAAAAACACCAAAGUGGCCGAUGCCUUGAAGAAGGUGAAGGAUGUGAUUGACACUGCGUUUUACAAUGAUGUCAAACUGAAAGUUCAGGACAUUCUGGAGGACAUGAGGCAACGGAUUCUAGACAUGGACAUUAGAGAUGAAAUCCAGGUCUACCUCCAGAGAGCAAGUGACUCCUACAGAAACAUAGUUACCUUCUUUUCUGCCCACUUUGAUGGACUCAUGGAGUGGAUGAAGACAAUGGCUAGUGAUAAGGUUGUUGACCAGAUGAAGCAGGCGAUGGAAGGAGUUCUGGAUCAAAUCAAAAGAGCUGACAUUGAAGUCUCCACUUUUACUGUCCCUUUUACAGACCUGGAAAUACCAGGAUUCACCAUCAACCUCAAUAAAUUGCAGGAAAUUACCAUUCCAGCCCAAAUAUCUGUACCUGAAUUCACCAUCCUCAGUUCAUGUACCAUCCCUGCUUUCGUCAUAGACUUGAAUAAGAUCAAGACCAAGAUAGUGGCAAUCAUUGAUGACAUCCGAGGGUUUCAGAUUCAAAUGCCUGACCUGGAAGACAUCUUUGGCAACUUAAAAGUUCUUUACUUGUCUGAGCUGCCAGACAUCACCUUCCCAGACAUCGUUCUUACUGAAAUAAAAUUUCCAGCUAUUAGCAUUCCCAAACUAAAUCUGCAGGACUCUGGGAUGGAAAUGCUUACAAAUCCUGAUGUGACAUUUCCAGAGAUUCCCACUGACAUUUGCUUCCUAGUGUUUGGAAAACUCCAUGGAGAAUUUAGUCUUUCUUUUCCAAAGUAUGUUCUUAUUAACAAAUUCAAAAUUGAGAAUUCUACUACAGAUUUGUCAAACCCAAAGUUUACAGCCAUAUUUACUUCUCAUGCUAAAUCACCAGUCAAAGUCUUGGAGCACAUCUUUGAAGUCGAAACUCAGCUGGAGGCUCCAAGAAUGGAGAGCCUCCAAUUCACACAGACCUUGAAGGCUACACACGUUGCCUUCUCAGUUGACCAUGAAGGAUCUCUGGCACUUCUUGGUUCUCCUGAAGAGAGUUUUGCCAAGUCUACCACCAUAGUCACCACUCAGUUUUACACAGCUGACCUGGUUGGUAGUGUAGUUCUGUCACUGGAGAGUGGAGUAUCUGCAGUAAUAGAAACAUCUUAUAAUCACAAACUGGACAUCCCAACACUAGAAGCUUCCAGUCAAGCAUCACUGAAGCAAAGCAUGACAGCAAAAAUGGACCCCUUUGGGGUUACUGUGACUGGUGAAACUAGCGGUACUGGGAAGUGGUCCAUUCAAGACUUCUUUGAUGAAGGUACCCACAGAACUAAUGUAGAACUGAAAGUUGACUUUAACACUGCAAAGCUUACAUGUGUAGGAGACAUAGACUACCAGGCUUUGAAGUCAAAGCACACACUGACUGUUGAAUCGGCCCUCUUAAGCCAUAUUGCUGUAAAAGCUCAAUGUGAGUCCAAAACCCCAUUUGCGAAAACCAGCAUUCUGUUUUUAAAAGGAGAGGCUGACGUUGCAGACCUGAAUGCUGCACUGAUAGUCUCCCAUGAGGCUGAACUCACUGGAGGUCUGGCAGGAACCAUGUCCAACUCCUGGGAAUUCAGAGCCCAGCCAUUUGAGAUUAUUGUUGAUGUUAAGAACAAGGUGAACUCCAAAGUUUUGCUCCCCCUAAAACUCACCGGUAAGGUGGACCUUGAGAAUGAUUAUGGUGUCGUGAUAAACUCGGAGAGGCAGAGCACAUGUUGGUUUGCUUUAGUGAGAUUCAAUCAGUACAAAUACAGCCACAACCUUACAGCAGAAAACGAUGAGAAGAACAUCUACCUCCAGUCCAGAGCAGAGGGAGAGGCUAAUUUGGAGUUUCUGACCAUUCCUCUCUCUAUCCCAGAAAUGACUUUAUCUUAUUUCCAAAUCCAGACCCCUGGGCUUAGAGACUUUUCUCUAUGGGAAGAUGGUGGCUUGAAAUCCUGGCUUAUCAACCCUCAACAGUUAUUUGACAUGGACCUGAAGUUCCAGUACCACAAGAACCCAGACUCACACUGCUUUGAGUUGCACCUUGAACCAAUCUACAGUGCAAUCAACGACAACUUUGAAAUCAUCCAGGGUCAAUUUGAAGCUUGCAGAGACAAAGUGGUCACACUUCUGAAAGAUUCAUACCAUGAAGCAAGAGCACAGUACAUCAAACACAAAAUCAACACAUCCAGUCUUCCACCAAAGAUCUUCAGGGUCCCUGGAUACAAAAUUCCCUUUCUGGACAUCCAGGUCUCUGCUUUCAGAGCAGAGAUGCCAGCAUUCAGUUACUUUGUUCCAAAGGAGGUCAGCACAGCGAGCUUCAGAGUCCCUGCUCUGGGAUUCUCUGUACCGUCCUACACCUUUGUGCUCCCAUCUUUCAGGCCUCCUAUCAUCCAUGUUCCAGAAACUUUGGGUGAAAUCAGGCUGCCCAGUUUCACCCUGCCUGCUGUACAGGACAUCGUGGUGAUCCCAGCAAUGGGCAACAUAACCUACGACUUCUCCUUUAAAUCCACUGUUAUCACCUUGAAUGCUAACGCAGGCCUUUACAACGAGUCGGACAUCAUCGCUCGCUUCGGUGCAUUGUCUGUGUCUGUGUUUGAUGUUCUGAAUGGAAAACUGGAUGGGACCACCAGUUUGACAAGGACGAGGGGAUUAAAACUGGCUUCCACUGUCACCUUAGAGCACAGCAACAUUAAGGCCAACCAUGAAUGUUCUGUUAGCCUCACCAAGAGGAGCAUGGAAACUUCUGCAGCCAGCUCUGUAAAGAUUCAACUUCCCUUCUUCCAAAUGGAAAUGAGUCAGAAUCUCAGUGGGAACACCAGAACCAAGCUGAGUCUUGUGUCCAAGAAAAAGCUGAGCUACAUGUUUAAUGUUCCCCAGAUUGCAUCUGUAGGCAAAGGAAGUGUUGACAUGACCUGGAACCUCGAAGCACUGUCCUCUCAUGUGUUACUGGAAUCUUCUGCUCAAGGAAAGUCAGACAUAAUGACAGUGAACAUGUUUGAUAUUGCAGGCAAUCUGGAAAAUAGGAAAACCUUCCACAUCAGUGUUAAUGGUCUGCGUACCACCAGCCAGACUUCCCUGAGCUUAAAGAUGAACCAGCAGGAGAAGAGGAAACGAAGCCUAAGCCGCAACCUAUUCUUGGUUGAUUUGGAGAACACAGUCGCCUCUGUUGUUUCCCUACGCCAGGUUUUCACAACAGUUCAGUGUAAAAGCAACAACAAUGUUCAGAUUAGACAUUUAUCCAUGAGUGGAACAUAUGUUGUUGGGGCGGAGCUGGAUUUAGUUCCUUUAAAAACUUUCAAGACUAAAGUGAAGUGUGAAGCGGAUCAGUUGAGCAGUUUGGCCGACGCCGGUCUCAGUCAGGAGAUAAACAUCGUUAUCAGUUCUGAGAAGCAAUCAUUCUCCUGGAGUCUGGAAGAACAUCUGGGAUCAGUCAUUCAUGGUUCUGAGUGGAAUAUCUUCAACGAAGGAUCUGAAGCAGGCAUGACUUUUUCUGGGUCGGUCGGGGGGAACCUGGCCUUCCUGAUGUCCAUCAGACUUCCUGUUUAUCAGAGGACGCUGUGGGACGUGCUCGGAUUUGAUGAAGUGUCAAACAUCGAUGAUGUUCAGUUUUUGAACUUCUCUUCUGCUGUUGUCUACACAAAAAACACGGAUGGCUAUGACUACCAAAUACCAGCUCAUCUUCUGGAAGACAGUAUCAUGUUCCAUCUUCCAGCAUUUAGCAUCACUCUGCCUUCCUGGCUGAAAGAAAUCCCUCACUCCAUCAGGAAUAUCGAUAUGAGAUUAGAAGAUGUGGUGGUCCCAGAUCAGGUCCAACUUCCUCCUGCAGUCCUCGUUCCUGCCUUUCAUGUCCCGUUUACCAGCUUGGAUAUAGAGUCCUUCACAGUGGAUCCAAAGAACCUGAACAUCCCUAAACUGAUCACCACCAAAGCUUUCAACAUCAAGCUCCCCGGCCUGCCUGUCAUAUCAGUGCCCAGUUAUGACAUUAACACUGAGUAUCUCCGGGACAAGAUGUCCUUCCUGUCCUUCAAGAUUCCACAGUUUGACAUCAGAGUGUCUCCUUUCACCUUACCCAAAUCCAUCACCAUUGGAGAUCUCACCAUCAGUCUGCACAAUAUCACGAGUCACAUCUCAAACUUCAAAAUGCCUACGAUGGUCAUCCCAGAACAAAGAGUGGAAAUCCCAGAAGUUGUUCUACAUCUUCCUUCUAGCAUCUUCAUCCCAUCCUUUGGUACCCUAAGUGCCACUUUAAAUAUUUCCUCUCCUAUCUACAAAGUAUCAACUACUGUCUCUGUGAGCAACAAGGACCCUGUCCUCGAAAGUUCCGUCAGCUCCAGCUGCACGUCCACCUUGGUCUUCAUGGAGUAUGAUCUCACUGCCUCUGCAGUUGUUAGAUAUGACGAUGAGAUGCUUCAGCUAAAUGGGAACGGCAGGUUGACCCACAAGGAUGGAAACAUGAACUGGCAGUAUGUGUUGGACCGUCCACUCAGGGAGUCUCGUCAUACCCUAGAUGUCGACAUCACCAGCCGGGUGUUCACAGACGCAAGUGUCCGUUGUGCCUCCCGUAAGGACAGCAUCACAGCAUCCGUGUGGUCUCCGUCUGCCGGGUUCCUGGGUAUUCACCUUCAGCGAAGGUCUUCGUCACAGCUGCAAGGAAAAGUGUUUAGCAGAUAUCUAUCCACUCCUGGGCAGGACACCAACAUUCUCACUGCCAAAGCAUCGCUGAGGAACUCGGACAAGCUGGUCCUGCAGACAUCAUGGAGUUGGGACUCUGUCAACGAUCUGAUCAUGGGUUUCAAGGACCGGAUCCCUCUAAUGACCAAUGCUCUGAUCAAGUUCCUCAACAAGUACCACACCUCACACUUUGGCUUCGACCUGAACCGAGGUUCUGUGAAGCUGAGAAACGCUGUGCUCAAUCUAAUAGAGAAGAUUCACCGGGAGUUUCAGGAUUUUGUCAGCACGAUGCAGGACUCAGUCCAAACCACUGCUGAUCGAGGAAAGGACACCUAUAUGAAAGCUUCUGACAUCCUAAGGUUCACCGAUAUGUUGAAUCUUACAGACAUCCUGAUGGAUGAGGUCAGAGGUGGCCUCAAGCACACCUGGCACAGUACAGACGUUCUGCUAUGUCCGGUCAGAGACUUCCUCAACAAUAAAACCUUAUCUGUUCCUGGAUCAGGGGAGAAGAUGUCCAUGAUGGAGAUGUUUUCCAGCGUCAUGAAGGGGAUUUCUGAGCAGAUCAGGUGGGCGGCAUUCACCAUUCCCGGGACUGAUGUUGUUCUUGAUGGAAACAAGAUCAUGGAGACUGUGAAGAGAGACGUAGUAGCUAUGGUCCAUCAUGUCAUGGAGUUUCUUCAGAGGACCCUUAAAGAUGUGUUGCAGCUCCUGGCUGAGAAAGCAGAGCAUCUCCGUGUUUACGUAGAAGAUCAGAACCUGAAGCUUUCCCCACUGGUCCAAUUAGUUCACAGGAAGAUCGGAACCUUCUCUAGACAGCACACAGACCAAGCACAGACAUUUGUCUCUGCAUACAAAGACCUUGUCCAACUGAAGGUCCAUGAGGCUUACAGCGCCUUCAGCAUGGAGAGAGUGAACAGCGCCACCAAGGGUUUCAUCAGCACAUUACAGUCUAAUCUCUCUCAGACAGUUAGCGAAAGUCUGAACGUGAUGAAGACGGUGUCUCAGAGUGCUGCGCCGCACAUCCGAGUGGGGAAGGAGAAGCUGGAUGUAGAAGUUCCUCUCCCUUUCCUCUGGAAGUCCUUCAGUGAAUGGCCAACUCUGCUCAGACCCUGAACGCCCAACCAAUCAUUGUCUAACCCUAUCCCUCACAUCCAGGUUCCUCCAGGUCCCUGUUGGAUCGUGUUGGUACAUUAUCCAUGUUUUUAUCUUUGGCAGAAUAAAUAAAUAGAAUGAUGAGAACAUG